GGGGUUACUUUGGCUAUUUCGUUGACAGUCUGGCAUCCUUGUAUGCUGUCGACGGAGCACUGCAGUUGCCAUUCGCCAUGCAUUCAAAGUCGUUAUCCGUCAUGAUACCUCAUCGUGUAUUCCAACUUCGGACGUGGUUUGUCGCAGUCAUUCUUUUUGAACUGUGCAUCGACCUUGCGCGAGCAGGAGAUGUUGCAUUUUCCAUUGGACAUAUCCCUUCACCAAUAGUCAACUCAACGGCCGGAACCUCUGGAAUCGCUAACCUGCGUAUUCAAUUUGACUAUACGUACGUGCCAGCCUUGAACGGUUCAUUACCGACCAUCUCUGCAUCGUGGAAGUGCGUAUGCGAUGGCCUCGGGUCGGGUCCGUUGAAAGCGUUGCCCACUGAACAGAUGGCAGCAUCCUCAAAACAAUCAUUGAGCGGAAGUACUAGAAGUGGAUCUCUGUCCAUUCCGUUCGGUGGCGCAUCCACACUUCCACCCCGGCACCCAGGUGGAACUGACCCCACUAUUACCUGCAAGAUCGAUUUGAGGUGGACAGAACUCGUGAAUGGUGUCCCAGGUGCCAGUAACGCGGAAUCUCCACCCUUCAUUGUCUGCGUCAAUGAUGUGAUAUGUCCUCAAGAAGGGCGUCUCCGUCAGAGACCAAUCCCACUGAACCCGACGAAUGUGAGUAAGCAACAAAUGGUUGCAACAGCAACGGAGACGGGCGUUUUUCCAACGUCCACGCUUUCCCCCGCGACACCGACGAAUAUUGCACUAGCAUUUCCAUCUUCAGGUUGGAGGUCAUCACAGUUAGACAAAAUGAUUAUACUCAGGAUGGUGGCAACAUCUGUUUCGAUUGUUUCACUGUGUUCUUGGUUGAGUAUGUAAUUGGACAUUAAUGCGCUUUAUAUUUUAUGUAGUCCGCCACGGCCAGGCGCCCAGUCACGUUAUUGUAAUAUUGUACAACAUCUACUUUAUAUGAUUACCAGUUGUCAGUUUGCCCUACAUGCUAUGAGGACGUAAAUGGUUACUUUACAUACGACACGAGGAUGAAUAUAAUGAGUAGCAAACCUCUUGCUACCUCCUAGC